GGCACUGCCCUCGGGAACUGGCGCUCCCGUGAAGUAGGAGCCGCAGACCGCCCGCCUGCACCCAGCCGUUCCGCGCCGCGGCCGCUCAGCCUCUGCCAUGGCCGGCUCUGGCGCGUGGAAGCGCUUCAAAUCUCUGCUGAGGAAGGAUGAUGCGCCACUGUUUCUGAAUGACACCAGCGCCUUUGACUUCUCCGAUGAGGUGGGGGACGAGGGGCUUUCUAGGUUUAACAAACUUCGAGUUGUGGUGGCCGAUGAUGGUUCCGAAACCCGGGAAAGGCCUAUAAACGGGGCGCACUCGGCCCUCCAGGCCGACGAUGAUUCCUUACUGGACCAGGACUUAAAUUUGACCAACAGUCAGCUGAGUUUGAAGGUGGACCCCUGUGACAACUGCAGCAAACAGAAAGAGUUACUGAAGCAGAGAAAGGUGAAAACCAGGUUGACCAUUGCUGCCGUUCUUUAUUUACUUUUCAUGAUUGGAGAACUUGUAGAGGUUUUGUCAGCUAUGAUUAGUGUGCUGUUAGUGUAUAUACUUAUGGGAUUCCUCUUAUAUGAAGCUGUGCAAAGAACUAUCCAUAUGAACUACGAAAUAAAUGGAGAUAUAAUGCUCAUCACCGCAGCUGUUGGAGUUGCAGUUAACGUAAUAAUGGGGUUUCUGUUGAAGCAGUCUGGUCACCAUCACUCCCAUUCCCACUCCCUGCCUUCAAAUUCUCCUACCAUAGGUUCUGGAUAUGGACAUGGACAUGGGCAGGAUAGCCUGGCAGUGAGAGCUGCAUUUGUACAUGCCUUGGGGGAUUUAGUACAGAGUGUUGGUGUGCUAAUAGCUGCAUACAUCAUACGAUUCAAGCCAGAAUACAAGAUUGCUGAUCCCAUCUGUACAUAUAUAUUUUCAUUACUUGUGGCUUUUACAACAUUUCGCAUCAUAUGGGACACAGUAGUUAUAAUACUGGAAGGUGUACCAAGCCAUUUGAAUGUAGAUUGUAUCAAAGAAGCCUUGAUGAAAAUAGAAGAUGUAUAUUCAGUGGAAGAUUUAAAUAUCUGGUCUCUCACUUCAGGAAAAUCUACUGCCAUAGUUCAUAUACAGCUAAUUCCUGGAAGUUCAUCUAAAUGGGAGGAAGUACAGUCAAAAGCAAAACAUUUAUUAUUGAACACAUUUGGCAUGUAUAAAUGUACUGUUCAGCUUCAGAGUUACAGGCAAGAAGUGGACAGAACUUGUGCAAAUUGUCAGAGUUCCAGUCCCUAAUUUUAUAUAUUUUGGGGACUACUGCCUUAUUUAUCCUGUAGUCACAGACUUGAGAGCAAUAAAUGCAAACCUAAAUGAGAAAAUGGAAUCCCUGACAGCUGUGUCCAUAUCAAGCACCAGUCUCUCAAAACAGUCACUCCAGCCUGACAGUGCUAGUCUCCAUUUAAUGGCAAAAUGAGACUUCACCAUGAUUUUCAGAUGAAGAUGUUUCCAAAACAGUAUGUUUACAGUAUGAGAUGUGACUCUACAGAUACCUCAUAGAAGACAAUCCAAGACCAUACUUCAUUAAUUUGACAGAGUACAUGUCUUAAAGAAAGCAUUAAGAAUUAAUUAUUUGCUUUUAAUAAUACUUUUAAAGGCCAUUUUAUAUCAAGCCAGUACUGGAAAACUGAAUUUUUUUAUUAUGUCAUCUUGGCACCUAGUUUCUGGAAUUGCUGCUCUCUUUUUACAGAAAUUAUUCCUCAACAGAUUUCAGAAAGUACUAAUAAUUAUCCAGAGAAUGGAAUAAGCAUGUAUUCCCAAGUGUUUCAGAAGUGUUUUAUUUCACAAAUAAGUAUUAAUGUUAUUGUUAUAGUUACUUGAUAAAGAGUUUUUUCCAGAUGUUGUAAGGUUUUGAAUCUCAAAGUUAACAUUUUUGAUUAUUUGUAAUCUUAGCAGAAUCAAAUCUUUACAUAUUGUGGUCACUGUCAUUAAAUUAUUUAGGAAAUAUUUUCAAUAUUAUUUUGAAUGGCAGAAGUUAGUCUUAAACUCAAAUUACUAUCUGAUGAUUUAAAACAAAAUAAAGGAGUGAGGAUGGAGUA